AUGUUGGUCCGCAGUAUCACCAAGUGCGUUGUCCCAUUAAUCAAGGCUACGUGCUACACAUGUUCCUACAUUUUUGAGCAUCCGCCCACCGCCAUGGGGCCCACCUCAAUACUGCCUCUUCACAACAAGUCCAUGCCUACACCACUUCUUAACCCAGAGCGACUGCAGGAGAUUAGCUGUGGUACUGGCCAGCCGGCCCAGCGUGGCCGCCGAAAGCCGCUCGUGUGGAAGCGCCGCAAGCCGUGGUUCGACCACCAGUGGUCGCUCGAUCUGCAACGCAUCAAAAAGGGCCCUGAAACGCCUCACUUCCCCGACGGUGUCCCGUUUACGCAGAUUCGCGCUUUCCAGUCGUUUGCAGGGCGUUCCUGGAAGAUCAACGCCGGCCGCCGACGCAAGAUCCGCUUGUCUCUCAAGCGUGGUCGCCGGAAGCUGCUGUAA